GGAAACGACGAAUUUGCAAUCCGUUACAUGGUCGACCUACAACGGGUUAUGUAACUACUAACAGGGAGACAAGUACACUAAUGCAAUGUAUGGGCGAUAUCUAUCGGCGCAUGGCAGCUCCAUUUGACGUCGAAGACAUUCGCGAGCAAAUUGCACGAUGCCUUACAGGAUUAGGUGCCGAGAAUGUGCUUCAUCAAGACAUCAUUUUCUAUGGGGAUGCCCAUGAUGAUGCAGUGGAUGAUCAUCCUCCACUUCAGCAAGACCGUAGAAGAGUCGCGGCCACUAGAGGUCGGCGUUACGGACGCGGUUAUGUUGCUCCACACGUCGACAAUGAUGAUGGUGAUGAUGAUAAUCACGAUGAUGAUAAUGAUGAUGAUGAGGAGGAGGAAGAGGAUGACGAAGAUGGUGGUGAAGAAGAAGGACAACCAUCUUCACAUAUUCAUUCACACAUCCCUUCCUCAUCUCAUGUACCUAAUCAAUACUAUACACCGACUAGUGCAUACAUUCCGACGUUUGAUGCGCC